AUAAGAGAUCCUGCAAUCAAACCAAAAAUGAUUUCUUGAUCAAACACUCAGGUUAGAUACCAACCCUACGCUACAUAGUGCUUAGAACAAGUGAGAACAUAGGUUUCCGUAUUUUAAGAUGAAACAUAUAAUAAAUCCUAUAAAAGAGUUUUUCUGCAACAAGUCCCGCAAGAACAGUGAGUUCUGUGCACUGACCGUUCCCAUCAGAUAAGACCAGUUCACUCUGUUCUUGGUGAGCUUGUGCUUUAAAGGAUGCACACCUCCAGCCGAUGCUCUCUGACUCCCACGGCCUAGUCAAUCUAUUACAGACACCCAAGGCACGGGCUCUCCCAGUGCGAGCAGUGAUUUACAUUCCAGUGCUCUACAGUGCACCACUGUAUCGCCACAAUAGCACAGUGUCCGACAGAUCAUGAAGCUGAAACUUUCCAACCCAGGCCUGGACGACAGGAUAUUGUCCCAUCAGCAGCUGGACAAGCUGGAAGAAGACGAGGCUGGAGACAGACCAAAGUGGGACAACAAGGCCCAGUACAUGCUGACCUGUGUGGGAUUUUGUGUGGGGCUUGGAAACGUGUGGCGCUUCCCUUAUCUGUGUCAGAGUCACGGAGGAGGUGCAUUUAUGAUACCCUUCCUCAUCCUGCUGGUUCUAGAGGGAAUACCGCUUCUCCAUCUGGAGUUUGCUAUUGGUCAGCGUUUAAGAGCAGGCACCAUGGGAGUGUGGCCUGCAAUUCAUCCUUACUUAGCUGGCAUCGGAAUCACAUCCAUGAGUAUAUCUCUGAUAGUCGGCGUCUAUUACAACACCAUCAUCGCCUGGAUUAUGUGGUACUUCUUCAACUCAUUUCAAGAUCCACUGCCUUGGAGCCAAUGUCCCAUGAAUGCCAGUUUAACAGGAUUUGUCUCGGAGUGCGAGAGGAGCUCCCCGGUGGAUCAUUUCUGGUACAGGAAAACUCUGAACACAACUCCAACUAUUGAAGAGGACGGUGGGCUGCAGUGGUGGAUUCUGCUAUGUCACAUUUGUGCCUGGUCGGUGCUCUAUCUCUGCGUAAUUCGCGGGAUUGAGACCAGUGGAAAGGCCGUGUAUGUGACUUCAACCCUCCCCUAUGUGGUGCUGACUAUCUUUCUGGUCAGAGGAUUGACCCUGAAGGGCUCUUUAAAUGGGAUUAAGUUUCUCUUCACACCAGAUUUAACAGAGCUGGCCAACCCAACAACAUGGCUGGAUGCUGGUGCUCAGGUUUUCUAUUCCUUCUCUCUGGCCUUUGGGGGCCUCAUUUCCUUCUCCAGCUACAACUCAGUGCAUAACAACUGUGAGCAGGAUGCAGUGAUCAUCUCCAUCAUCAACGGCCUCACGGCUGUCUAUGCUGCAACCGCCAUUUACACCAUCAUUGGGUUCAGAGCGACACAGAGAUUUGACAACUGCCUUUCUGGAAACAUCCUAGCAUUACUAAAUGCCUUCGACAUGGCUGAGGGCAGCAUCACUGACAACAACUACAACCAGGUUGUUCAACACCUUAAUGAAACCCACCCUGAGGUUAUUCAAGGGAUUGAUCUGAAAACCUGCGACUUGACAACUUUUCUCAGUGAAGGAGUGGAAGGGACUGGUCUGGCCUUCAUUGUGUUCACUGAGGCCAUCACUAAGAUGCCCCUCUCUCCACUGUGGUCUGUCCUGUUCUUCAUAAUGCUCUUCUGUCUCGGCCUGUCAUCCAUGUUUGGCAACAUUGAGGGAAUUCUCGUACCACUGCAAGACCUCAAGGUCUUCCCCAAGACAUGGCCAAAAGAAGCAAUAAGUGGUGGAACAUGUGCACUCUGCUGCCUGGUGGGGCUGACAUUCGUCCUCGGCUCAGGGAACUACUGGCUUUCACUCUUUGACACCUAUGGAGCAUCCAUCGGUCUGCUGGUUGUUGCAUUCUGUGAGAUGAUCUCAGUGGUUUACAUAUAUGGGAUAGACAGAUUCAACAAUGACAUAAAGUUCAUGAUCGGGCACAGACCCAACUUCUUCUGGCAGGCAUCGUGGAGAGUCAUCAGCCCACUCAUUAUGUUUUUCAUCUUGGUGUUUUACUUGGUCGCAAAAGUUUCAGAAAAGCUCCUCUACAAAGCCUGGGAUCCUGAAUCGGAGAAAUUCCCAACACUGGAAGAAAAGCUGUACCCAGACUGGAUCUAUGUGAUCAUCUUUGUAUUGGCGGGGAUUCCCAGCCUUGCUAUACCUUUCGUUGCUGUCUGGAAAUGUCUGCAGAAAAAGAGGAGGAAUACAUCAAAUCUAGCAGUUAUAUCACAGCUAAAUUUAAAUGAACAAUGAGCCCAGAAAAUCUACAGUCCAACAUGUUUAUGAAAUAACUCUUUUCAAGAAGGUAUGAAGGAUUAGUAUGAUGGUUUAAUCAGUGCAAAGAGUCCAAUCUUUCUUCAACAUAGAACACCGCAGGUUAAGUCUAUUACAGAUUUCUCAGGCUGAUGUUUCAGUGGAAUUAAAUAUUAUCAUGUGAUUAAGGAAUUCGAUUCUCAGGCUGAGACGAGGUGACGUCAAAGAGGGAAGUCAUGCAGUAAAAAUACACGCAUCUGUCCAGCUGGGGUCACUGUUGUGACGUGUCAACAGAGUGCUUGAUUUGCUCAGAUACACAUUGUCACGGGUGUAAAUGGAUUCUCUUCCCAGACAAUUCCGAGCAUGGAAUACUUCAUUUCCUGUAUUCUGGUGAAUUUUUAUGCAUCAAUUUGUGGUGGAAAUGUCUUUUUUAUGGAAUUAAAAUGCAAAAUUUGGACUAAAUCCCAGGUGGCAAUUAAAAAAAAUUAAGGAAUAUGACGUGACAAAGCUUCCAUAUUAUGAUCAAAUACAUGGUGUCCUAUAGAUCAACUUUUGUAAUUUAACACAUGGAUGUAGGCAAACUGUACUCUUGAAUCCUCUUUCGUGCCUUUUGUUUACUCUUUAAAUGAACUUGUACCACCUGUUUGCAUCAAUGAUGAACUGAUGUAUUUUAAUCGAUAUGUCUAUCUUUGGACCUUAUUAGCUUAUAUGUGUAUAAGAAAAAAAUGGCUUUUGCUUAAAACUUAUGUGCAUUUUCAGAACAUAUCAUGCAUAUUAGAGGCUUUUCUGCAUCUAAGAGUCAAUGAACAGCAGUUUGAGAUACUCUUAUCUUUAUUUAGGGGUACAAAUGCAAGUGUUACAAAUUCUUGUGGAAACCUGUCUUUCAGUAAUUUUUCCAUUUCCCUCUGGUUUUAAAGUCACUUUUUGACUUCAGUCUGUGCUCUAUGUUUUCCUGGUCGGAGCAAUUGACAAUAUUUUAGAUGAAUAUGAUAGACAGUAUAAAUAAGAAUUUUAUACACGACAUGUUUUUUUAAGUGCAUUCACUAUCAAAUGAAAAUAAUGGUGGCAAUAACUGUAAUGUAAACUAUA